ACGGGGGCGAUCCAACCGGAGCCACCACCGAGCCAGCGUCCGUCCACCUCUGACCUUUCUUUCCCUCCCCUCCCCUCUCCUUUCCCCCUCCCCUCCUCGGUGGCGCCACCCAACCCAAGGCUCCCGCCCCUCCUCCUCCUCCUCCUCCCCCUCCGCUCCCUCGCAGAGGCGGCGACCGCGCCGCGCCGAGGCCGCCUCUCGGCUGGGCUAGGGGGUUCCCCCCCAACCUCCCGCCCUAACUACCCCGCGCCACCAUGGCGGCGGCGACGGCCUCCGCGUCCGCGUCCGCGUCUGCGGCGGCGUUCCUCCUCCUCCCCCUCCUCGCCGCCGCCGCCACCGCAGGCCACGGGGUCUGCCCGAGGCAGCCCGCCGCCGCCGCCGUCCUGCCGCGCCAGGCGCCCGCCGCUUCCUCCUCCUCCUCCUCCUCCUCCUCCUCCUCCUCCUCCUCCUCCUGCCCCGCGGCGGGGUCGCCGGGCCACCGGGCGCACCACGUGGGCGUCGUGGAGGGGGAUGAUUUUGUUCUGCAAAAGGCAGUUACUCUUGUGCUGCAGAACAGGGAGGAUUUUGUUGCAAUUCUUUUCUAUGCUUCAUGGUGUCCUUUCUCCAAGAUCUUCAGAACAGAUUUUCAAAAGUUAUCAUCCUUCUUUCCAACAAUCGCUCAUUUUUCCUUUGAAGAAUCUCGUAUCAAACCUAGAAUGUUGUCAAGAUAUGGAGUUCGUGCCUUUCCGACACUUUUCCUUGUGAACUCUACAAUGCGUGUGCGCUAUCAUGGAUCUCGCACGAUGAACUCUCUUGCUAUGUUUUAUAAAGAUGUUACAGGUAUGAAUCCUGUGUCACUGGAUGCAAUAUCCCUAGAGAGGAUGGAAGAAGUGGUAAAUAUAAUUGAGAAUGACAAAAAGACUGAGCAAGGGGAUUCUCUGUUCAUGUUUGCACGAUCACCAGACAGAUUGCUUCACCAGGAUACAUGCCUUGCAUUGGCUAGCUCUUUUGUCCUCAUGAGGUUACUCUGUUUCCUUCUUCCCAAGCUCAAUGCAUGUGUGAAACAAGCAUGGAGGAUGCAAUUUUAUGAACUGAAGAGGUUAUUUCCUAGCUUAUCUUGAAGAAGCCAAAGUGAACCAGCAAACUUAAAACUGACUAGACAUAGCAGCAAACAGAGGAAAGUAGAGCAAGCAGCAAACUGAGAUCAUUCACGGGUGGAUUUCUAUCAGUAUCAGCUUGAAGGAAACUGAUACCGUUAAUCAACAAAUGGCAUGGAUGUUCUUAGCAGCUCAAUGUAGCACGAAGGUCUGAACUGAUGUAAUUCGACUUUCUUGUCUGUGUCAUCUCCGCAUUUACUGUACUGGCCUUCUGGGGAGAACUUGCAGCAAUCUACUUUGCCACUACAAUAGAAUGAUUUGUGGAGUAACUAUAUUUGGUCUUUCUUGUGAGAUAGUGGCUCAAAGUAAAGAAUUAAAUGGUUCUCGUACCUCGUUAAAAGUAUGCAUACGUUGCUGUUACUCCUGACAUACAAAAGAUAAUGUUACGAGUUUAACAGUUAUUUUAACUUGGGUCUGUGAUUCGAUAAACUCAGUAACCAUAAACGGUAACCCUAUUGUAUGUAUUUAUUUGGUUGCUUGUAUGUUCUAUGCAACCCUGGUUUAUGUCUGGAAUUGACGAGCUUUGUGUUGACCUGUGAUGUUAUCUGUAAACAGAACAAGCCUGGUUCCGCAACCAUGUGUUUCUAUAAACAUAUAAAGUGUACUUUACCCCCUA